GCAAUCGGAAAAAAGUAGCAUAUUUGUUAUUAGUUGAAAGACAAUUAAUAAGAAACCGAAACAGUUUUAAUUAAUGUGACGGAGCUUAUCCAGAAUAGAUUUACAAAUAGGCAUAAUUUAAAAAUAAAUCUUCAAAAGGGGAUUGUAAAAAUGUAUCCACAUUAAAUUACGUGCGUGCGUGUGCAUGGAUGAAGCCACUAAAAAAAAUUUUUCUUGCAAUAAAAGUUUCAAGUUUUUGGAAGGCUCCUUAAGAGGAAAAAUAGCAAAAACGAAUAAGCAAGUGACCGAAAAAAAGGAGGACCUGCAAAAUGACUACAGUAAAUGUCAACACACGAAAAAGUUCAAAUCUACUGAAAAAACAAGGCACUGAUCAGUGGGUUAAGUUGAAUGUAGGUGGUCAAUACUUUUUAACAACAAAAACAACACUUUCUCGCGACCCCAAUUCCUUUCUAUCACGUUUAAUACAAGAGGACUGUGAUUUAAUUUCAGAUCGAGAUGAAACUGGUGCCUACUUAAUAGACCGUGAUCCCAAAUAUUUUGCACCUGUUUUAAACUAUUUACGGCAUGGAAAAUUGGUGCUGGAUGGUGUAUCUGAAGAAGGUGUCCUGGAAGAAGCUGAAUUCUACAACGUUACACAAUUAAUAACACUGCUUAAAGAGUGCAUUAACCUAAGAGAUCAAAGACCUCAGACAGAUAAGAAACGAGUUUAUCGAGUAUUACAGUGCCGUGAACAAGAAUUAACCCAGAUGAUCUCAACUCUGUCAGAUGGUUGGAGAUUCGAACAAUUAAUUAGUGUAGGCACGCAAUAUCACUCAAACUAUUCAUUCGAUAACAGUGAAUUCCUUUGCGUCGUUUCUAAAGAAUGUGGCACUUCAACCGGACGUGAACUCGAAUUAAAUGAUAGAGCAAAGGUGCUACAACAAAAAGGUUCACGCAUUCUUGGAAUUUAAAUCCAACCAAAAUCAAAGAUAUUUAUACAUAUUAAUUUAAAAUACACGCGCACACACAUAUAAAAUGUAUUUAACAUAAUGUAACAAGUAUAUAAAUAUAUAUACUCUGUGUCCCACGCCUCACUCUUAUAUUCUUUAUCAUAAACAUAUUUAUAUACAAUUUGACAGGCCUUAUUCAUAAUUAUUUCAGCAGCAGAUUCACAUAGGGCCAUGCCAAUCGUUAACCAAGCACUCACUAAUAAAUCAUUAUCAUCGAUAGCAUCUAAACAAAGAACAAAAUGAUUCAUUGCUGUUUUAAUUUUUAUACAGUUAUAUCAGUGAUAAAAUUUCAUUUUUAUAUGGACAAUUGAAUAAACUUAUUUUAAAAUGCCAUUUGUAAAACCCAGAAAUAGUCGUCAAGGAUUCCAGGUUUGAUUAACAACUUGGAGACGAUGUAGCACUAUUCAGGCUAACGUAUGCCCGUCCGUCUUUCCGUUCGGUUUUUAAGUUUUUCAAAAUCAUCAGGUGACUGAAAUAAAGUCUAUGGAUCAUAUUUUAGUUUCAUUUUUUACAGGUCAAUUUUGAAAAUGUAAGUAAUCAGCUCGGAAGCACGAUCGCAAUCCUUAUAUAAAUAGCUAAAGUAGUUUCGGAAAAAAACUGUGUAUUUCGGCGUGUUACUAUCAUAAAAAUAUUGCAAUUUUUCGUAGUAGUCUUAUAACUAAAACUACGCAAAAAUAUUGAAAAUGUUAAUCUUUUAUGUAUGAAAGAAAGCACCAGUCAGAAGAGCAUCUAUCAAAGAAAGCAUCAAUAAAAGCAGCAUCUCUCAUAAAGAGCACCAGAAAUUAUCAAAAUCUUAUUUAACCCCAAUCGCACCACGACAAGCUUUUGAGGCUCAUUUGAAUCAUGAACUAACUUUUUUUUGAUUAUUUCAUUUUCACAUUGCAUAUCUCAAAAUUUUUUUUAGUUUACUUUAAAUUAACGAUUAACACUAAAAAUAAAUCUACAAUCGGCCAAGAUGUCUAAAUUAACCUUUUUAGUUUUGUAACGAAUCUUCCCAUCAUUACGAAACUCACACUCAGAAAAAAAUCCCAUAUCUUUGACAAGAAGGACUCAAUUGACUUAAAAGUUUGUGGGAGAGGUGCAUUGGAAAGCUUUGCACGCAAUUUCAGAACCGUAAAUGCCGUAAAUGUUUAUUUUAUACCUUUAAUAAUUUCUCGACGAGCCAUGUAAUGUGAGUCAACUGUCUGCAAUAUGUCUAUUGAAAACAUUGAUGAAGAUAUUACCUUUCAAUUUUCCAACGGCUAGAAAACGGGUUAAAUCGGUCAAAGUACACACCUACAGUGCAUACACACCUGAAAACAUAUCUGCGUUCUGGGUUUAUGGCCACUUACUUAUAAACUCCAAUAGAGACACGAUAACACGUAUAUUGUACAAAAAUGGAAACAGUUAAUCACGCUCCGCCAAUAUUAUAGAAUAUGAAAGUUUACUUCCUCCGUCGCUUGUUUGGGUCUUUUUUAUGAUAAAGGUAGAGGAUAUAAUUCCACUUCGGUUUCGGUCGAAUGUAAUGUUCUUAUGUAAUGUUUUGCUUUUCAAGAUUAUUUUAUUUUUAAAUAAUUCAAAAAAAUAUAUAUGGCCCAUGGGUAUUGUUUUAUGUUCUACAUAACGGAUAAGGCAAUUUAUGAUACAUAUUAUACCAAAAACAGUUAACCCAAAUUCUAUGAAAGUAUUGACGAAAUAAGUUAACGUUGUGAGUUAUCUUAUUUCGGUUUAAGUAAUUAUUUUCAAACAAUAUUAUUUUGUUUUGGUAUUGCUGAUGAUGGCAGAGCAAAAGCGCUUCUUUUCAACUAAAUCAUGUUCAUUUUUAUUUAGUUCAAGUAUUCGUUUCAGUAGGUGCUUUGUAAAUUUUUCAGGAAUUUGAGGCGGCAAAUUUUUUUAAAAAUACGUAAUUGGAGACAAAUUUCUUCUUAUAUUUAUAAUUUUCUGAAUUAGCAUAUUAAUUCAGUUAAUAUUUUAAAGACAUUGCAAUUUCAGUACAAGUUUAAUACAAAUGUGAAUAAUUUUUGCAAAAUCUUGUUUUGUAAACGAAUUUAAAAAUAAGCAAAAAGAAAUCAGCAUAGCAAUUUUAUUUUUCAAUCGUGAACAUGUUAGUAUUAGUUGUAAUCAAGCAUCUAGCUUAGUUUUUAUAUAAAAGCAUCUACGAAUUGCAUAAUUAUACAUUCAUAAAUAUAUCCAUACUAUUAAUUGUUGAAUCAAAUAUCCAAUAAUGGUAAUGGAGGCGCAAACGAAAUUUCGUUUAAAAUAAAUUU